AUGAGUGAACUAAUUGAAAGUGAUAAGGCCGACUUCAAGCGCGUUGUAUGCACCUAUGGAGAACAUGGACACAAUCUCAAUGACGGCGAUGUUUUUCACGAGAAACUCCGCCACGUGCGGGGGGAGACUACUCAUCAUCGUAUCCAUGAUACGAAGCAAGAGGCACAAGCAGCAUUGGGAGGGAAAGAAGUUGGAAUACUGCGAGAUAAUUGA